AUGACCUUUGACGACAAACAAAACAUGCAAAUCGCAUACGAGCAGGCCCAAAUCUCAUACAACGAAGGAGGCAUACCCAUAGGAGGCUGUCUCGUUGCCGAAGACGGCAAAAUCUUAUCUAGAGGCUACAACCAACGAGUUCAAAAAUCGUCAGCCAUAUUACAUGGUGAAAUGUCCGUGUUGGAAAAUGCCGGGCGGUUGCCUGGUAAAACCUACAAGAACUGCACCAUGUACACCACGUUAUCGCCCUGUGAUAUGUGCACUGGUGCCAUAUUACUUUACGGCAUCAAGAGGGUCGUCAUGGGUGAAAAUGAAACUUUUGUUGGUGGAGAGGAUUAUUUGAGACUGAAAGGAGUCGAAGUUGUCAAUUUGAAGGAUGAAAAAUGUAGGGAGUUGAUGCAGAAGUUUAUUCGCGAAAAUCCCGAGUGCUGGAAUGAAGAUAUUGGAGUAUGA